AUGUUUGCCGCACGCCGAACCAUCGGUCUCUGCCAGAGACGGGCUUUCUCUGCCACCGCCUCCCAGGCUUCCAAGGUCACCGUCCUUGGUGCUGCCGGUGGCAUUGGUCAACCAUUGUCUCUUUUGAUGAAGUUGAACCCCCGUGUCUCUCAGCUCGCUCUUUAUGACAUCCGUGGUGGACCUGGUGUUGCCGCUGAUUUGAGCCACAUCAACACCAACAGUGUUGUCACCGGCCAUGAGCCGACCCCAUCCGGUCUCCACGAGGCCCUUCAGGGAUCUGACAUCGUCCUCAUCCCCGCCGGUGUCCCCCGUAAGCCAGGAAUGACCCGUGACGAUCUCUUCUCCACCAACGCAUCCAUUGUCCGUGACUUGGCCAAGGCUGCUGCUGACUCUUGCCCCAACGCCAACAUCCUCGUCAUCUCCAACCCUGUCAACUCUACCGUCCCAAUUGUUGCCGAGGUCUUCAAGAGCAAGAACGUCUACAACCCCAAGCGUAUCUUCGGUGUCACCACCCUUGACGUCCUCCGUGCCUCCCGCUUCGUCUCCGAGAUCAAGAAGACCGACCCAGCCGAUGAGAAGAUCCCCGUCGUUGGCGGUCACUCCGGUGUCACCAUCGUCCCUCUGAUCUCCCAGUCCAAGCACUCCGAUAUCACCGGCGAGACUCUUGACAGGCUCACCCACCGCAUCCAGUUCGGUGGUGACGAGGUCGUCCAGGCCAAGGCUGGUGCAGGAUCUGCCACCCUCUCCAUGGCCCAAGCCGGUGCCCGUUUCGCCGACAGCCUCCUCCAGGCCUCUCAGGGCGUCAAAGACGUCAUUGAGCCCACCUUCGUUGAGAGCCCCAUCUACAAGUCCAAGGGCAUCGACUUCGUUGCUUCCAAGGUCCGUCUCGGCCCUAACGGUGUCGAGGAGAUCUUCCCCAUUGGCGAGAUCUCCGAGUACGAGCAGAAGCUCCUCGACGCUUGCCUCGUUGACUUGAAGAAGAACAUCGACAAGGGUAUCGAGUUCGUCAAGGCCAACCCUUAG